CAUUUUGGUUACCAUUGAAAAGCAUAAGUGCCCAACCUCCCCACCUUGGACGAACUCUUCUUUUCUUUCCAUUCUCAUUCAUCCUUUACCUUGCUCACGUCUCAGUCAGCCUCUUUCUCUGUCACUCAGGUCCAUACAUUCACCACCCCCCUACUCCAGUUCUUGUAUAUUGCGGAUCUUCCCCCGAAAAGCUGCCCAACUUGUUUCUGCUUUCUCUUCCAUUGCAAACAUACCCAACAGAGAUCAUCCAGCCGGACUGUUCUCAUCACCAACAUCAGUUAUCUUUUCCUGCUCAUACCACAAGGCCGUGGCCAUAAGAGUAGUACUUUCAACACAUAGUUUCUCAACAGAUUCGACAAAGCACACUGCCGUUGCUUCAAAAAGGAUCCCAAAUGACUUGCACGGAGACCUUAACCCUUCUCCCGGAAACCAUGGCAGGCUUCGACACACAAUCACAUUCCAGGAAGGCAUCCGCCAGGUAUAUUGUUUUUUUCUAUUUUGCGUGUUUUUGCUUUGCGUUGAGUUUGCGUUUGGUUUUACUGCUAGAAUCCCGGAUGUUUUAUGUUCCCAGAAAAAUCAUGUACUUUUUGUUUCGCAACACAACAUCUCCAAUGAUACCGGACUUUCCAAGGACUUUACCAGGCACAUUUCCAGCUUUCCCGAGCUUCCCAGGAACCCAUAGGAUUUUCGAAGGUCUUACCGUGUACCCACACGACGAGAGCAUGCUUUACCUCUUCGGAGGUUUCAAGGGCACUCUGAGAAUCAAAAAUAUGAACUGUUAAUCAAAAGACCUCCGGUCUCUGGUGAGUAUACCGACUUCAAAUGGACCUCAGACUGCAAUUUCUCUUUAUAUAUACCGGAAGGAGCCGAAUUUCCAAUGGACCCAAAACACCUGAUUUCUUUCAUGGUAACCUGUCAGCCGUUUAUAUACCCCAAGCCAGAGAUCUAUCCGCCGAAGUUCCAAGAUGUGGGCUCGCAUAUCCUGCGAGCGCAUCGUAACACCUAUCAGUUUAUCAACAAGAACUCGCACUCAGCUUCCAGGGCCAAACUAUGUGCUACAGGACAACAUGGCGACAAACAUCCAUCUGCCAUGCGAUCAGUGGUCUCUAUAUGCAGCUUCCAUGCAUGGGACUCCCACAGCAACUUUAUAGCAUGUCGGUUUCAACAGUGUUUACCACAAUGGACACCGUGGAUUAAUUUUCCUUUUUUAAUUGCCGCACAUGGAAUCUAUUCCUGAAACGACACUCCAAGGAACCGUUAUGGAAGUGACUGGCUACUCCAGCCAGUCAUCGUGCUCUAUCAAGCAUCAGGCAUCAAUUAUGCCACUGAAACCUACCAAGGGACAAUACAGUGGAUUAUCCUGGAACGGAAAAAGUGAGGGUUUACAGUACUCACCUCGUGAAUCUACUUCCCAAGGACCCAAUGGAUUUUCUGAUUCUUCUCUUUAUAUCCCAGUGGCUCAUAUGGCAAGUCAACGGUGGCCCGCCGAUUUGACUUCGGGCCUCGAGUCAGAGGAAAUGACCCGCUUUCCAUCCAAGGAUUCAUCAAGGACAACUCAGUCAACAUCAACAACUGAGUCUAUGCCAAUGGCUUACUUGCCCAAUGCCUCUCAGGCACAAUAUCAAAUGACAUCUGCAAGAUCAGAUGUUACAGGUAGAUCAGCUAGUCCAGCCAACACUCUUCUGUAUACUCCAACAGCACAAUUUGAUUUUCAAUCUGCAUUCGACAAUUUCCAGUACCCAGGAGGAGAUGAGUCAGCCGGAAAUGAUUACCAAGUACCAGUUACCAGUGGAUUCCAGCAGCCACCAACCUUGUCGUUGACAACAGGAGGAUUUGACAUGUUUUCCAAUAACCAUGGAUUACCUACAAGUAUGACAGCAGCUCCAAGCUCUAUUUCCAGUUAUGUUCACAGCGCACAAGAUUCAGUUUUCUUCGAAAGCCCUGUCUUAGGAUCUCCAGAUAUGUGGGAGACUGCUUUGCUUGAAUCUUCUAAACCACACACACCUAUUGCCGAGGAUUCCUGGGCUCUGCCACCACAAAUGAUGUCUUCGACAAAUAGCCCAUUGGACUACUCCCCAACCGAAGGCCGAUCACCAAGGUAUGUUCAAGGCCUUCCAGAUUUCGUGGAUUCACCUCCUUACAAGAUCGGCGACAGGACUAUAAGGAAGCCAAUGGGACCCAGAGCUUCCAAAGUAGCUAGUGACACGAACUCCAGACGUGUUCUUGGAACUGAGACAGAGGAGUCCUUCAAGUUGAUGGGCCGUUCCAGUCUCGAUGCUGAUAACUCAGCACGUGAUCAUCAUUUGUACCAUAAUGUGACGACUCAAUCCGAUGGAUUAUACCACUGCCCAUGGGAAGGAAACGCAUCAUGCCAACACAAGCCAGAAAAGCUUAAGUGCAACUACGACAAAUUCGUCGACUCUCACUUGAAGCCAUACCGUUGCAAGAUCGCUGCAUGUGCAGACAACAAAUUCUCCUCCACAGCAUGCUUACUCCGCCACGAGAGAGAAGCCCACGCCAUGCACGGACAUGGAGAUAAGCCCUUCCUUUGCAAGUAUGACGGAUGCGAGCGCGGCGUCACUGGCAAUGGCUUUCCCCGUCGCUGGAAUCUUUAUGACCACAUGAAGCGCGUACACAAUGACCCAUGCACAUCCAGGAGUGCCGGUGGUUCCCCACCACCUACUGAGAAGUCAGCCACUGGCUCCAAGAAGCGUAAGCAGGAUGCCAUCACGGAACCAAGUACCUCGGAUAAGGAACCAGUCAAGAGAGUCAAGUCUCCAGUUAUUAACCAACAACCAUCCUUGAUUGAAAUCUACCACCAAAGUGAGCAGCGACUCCAGGAGGCUGUGAAACAAUUGCACGACCCCAAGAGUGCAAACGGAAUGACCAACUUGAGAAACGCCAGUGACUGCAUCAAGAUGAUGGCACAGACUCUUCAAAAGAUUAAUCAGGCAUCUCCAGCCAUGAGCCGCACCUUCAGCCAUGGAUCCAUGAGUUGAGUGAAUUGUUCACUUUAAAACAUUGAGAAUUAGUUCACCUAAGUCGAGUUAAUCUCCACAAUGGUAUUCUUCCCGCAAGGAUAACAAUAAAGCGGACCCAGGCCGCUCAGACAACCCCGUCAGGAAAUCCUAGGACAUCACAAAAUUCGACAGAAUGGAGAGUCAUGGAGCCAGUCAUGCAUACGUAACCCAGAUUUAAGGAGCCAGGGAGCUAGCCACAAGGAUCCUUUCUUUAUGCCAGUGCCAGGAAUCAGUGUCUCAGAGUCGACAGUACCAGUCUGUCUCUUUGAAUUACAUUAUGAAAAUCUGCAAGCCCUGAAUUUUGCAUGCUUUUUAUCAAAUAAAUAGAUGCCAACCUACAAGGUUAGAUUGGCGAUAGAGGAAUUGAGAGA